GUUCAGGUUAAACAUGGCUGCGCUCUUGAGAUCAACACGGUUACUUAAGUUUUCGCCUUCGGGCUUGCUACAGAUUACAGGAACAAACAGAAAUGGACCGCCGCUUAGCCGGUUGUUCAGCGGUACCACUGGUGGAAAAGGACUCGGUGUGUGCCCAAGACAAGUGGCCAUUGGAAACAGCAGCUUAUCCAGGUGCUUGUGGCCAUGUGCCGGUGUGCGUCAGUACACGGUGGUCCCGGAGGAGCGGGGGGCCCCGGGCGACGAGGCCAGUGUGGGGGUGCGCUCCAAGCAGAUCAAGCAGUUCGACUGGGCCCUGGCCAAGCUUGACAACUCUGUGAGGAGGACCGGCCGCGUCACCAAGACUCUGCUGAUGCGCGUGUUCCACGACCUCUGCAGGACAGGCUACCCUAGUGGCAACCAGGCCCUGCUGCUGUUACGAAGCUGUGGCUCCUUGUUACCAGAGAUGCCCCUGGAAGAGCGCACCGAGCUGGCACACCGCAUCUGGGACAAGCUCUUAGAGAUGGGUGCCUCGUAUGAUGCCAGCCACUACAAUGCUCUGCUGAAGGUCUACCUGCAGAAUGAGUUUAAGUUCUCCCCCACUGAGUUCCUGGCUAAGAUGGAGGCAGCCAAUGUCCAGCCCAACAGGGUAACCUUCCAGAGAUUGAUUGCUGCCUACUGCCAAGAGGGAAACAUAGAUGGAGCCAGCACAAUCCUGGGAUUCAUGAAGAGCAAGGAUCUGCCAAUCACAGAGGCUGUUUUCAACGCCCUAGUGACAGGUCAUGCCCGUGCGGGUGAUGUGGAGAGUGCAGAGAACAUACUUCCAGUCAUGAAGAAUGCAGGCAUCGAGCCAGGACCAGACACCUACAUGGCUCUGCUUACUAUCUAUGCAGAGAAGGGAGACAUGGCCAAGAUCAUUCAGACCCUAGAGUCGGUGGAGGGGGCAGACUCCAGUCUCAUGGACAGAGACUUGAUGCAGGUGAUCUUCAGCCUGUCCAAGGCUGGACACCAGCAGCACGUCCCUGCUGUGGCGGAGCGCCUGCGUCACGAGAGGGGCUACAUCCCAGAUGCCAUGAACCUUUGUCUGAGCCUGAUCACCCAGGGCCACGAGGACACCGCCUUCACCAUGUUGAAGACCUUCCCCACCCUUCAGGCUGAAACUAGCAGCACGGACGUACCCAGUCAGGGCAACUUCUUCUUGCGCCAUUGCGUCAACAUGGACGUGGCUGUGGAGAAGUUGGUUGCCUAUAGCAAGGAGCUUCAAGAGUCAAACCUGCACUCCACACCCCUGCAGUUCUCCCUCUACUGCUCCCUGGAGGCCAAGAAGACAGCUACCGCUAUGGAGCUGAUGAAGCUGAUGAAGGAGCAGGGAUUACCCAUAAGGCCACACUACUUCUGGCCACUUCUCACACACCACCAGAAGGAAAAGAACACAGCAGGAGUUUUGGAGGUGAUAAAGGGCAUGCAGAUGCUGGGGGUGUCAACUGACACGAUGACCUUCGACACCUACAUCCUGCCUACCUUCCCCAACGUUGACAGCGCCGCCGCUGCUCUCAAGGAAGUGGGCUGCUCCAUGGACUCUGACAACGUCCUGUGUUCUGAAGUGCGUUCCAAGGCGGCAAGUGGUGACCUGGCGGCACUGUUGACCAUGUUGUCAGACUCGUCCUUCCCUGCCAUGGACCUGAGUCAAUUCAGAGGAAAUCUCAUCAACGGCUUCAGAAAGUCAGAGGAUGUGGAGACCAAGGCCAAGAUCACUGCCCUGCUGUUCAAAGAUGAGCGUUUCACAAAAGAAGGUUCCAGACGUGAGGACGCCGCCUACUUCCUGUACAACCUGAUCAACGGGAUGACGGCAGCAGAGGUGCAGGCUCAGGAGGCUCAGCUGAGGCACUUCUUCCACCUGCUCAAGAGCCUGAAUAUCACCAUCCCCAUGAACAUCUACAGAGGCAUCCGGAACCUUCUGGAUUCUUACCAAGCUCCAGAGCUCAUCAAGGCUGUGCUGUUCCUGGCUGAGGGCCAAACUGAUGGCCCAGAACAUUCCGGGCCCAAGCUCGCUGACGCGGAAGGCAAGGUGUCUGCGCUGGAGAGGAAGCUAGCAGAGUUGAAGGGAGACGAGAAACCUGUGGGUCCCACUCUGAAAGCUCUCAUCCUGACUCUCUGCAAUGAGGAGAAACUGGACAGGGCCCUGGAGCUGAAGCAGCAGCACGAGGAUGAGAUGGUUGCCGGGGGUUACGCCACCCUCAUCAAUCUCUGCUGUCGCCUUGACAAUGUGGAGGAGGCGAUGAACCUAAAGAGGGAAAUGAGCCGUCAAGACUCCUCUGUGGCCCUGGAUCCCAGCAAGUACCUGGGUCUGGUGAAGCUGCUGUCCCUGCAUGACAGAGUGGAGGAGGCGGUAGACAUGCUGAAGGAGAUGAAGGAGAUGGAGGUGUCCUUCACGGACACCACCCUCACCCUGAUGUUCCACGUCCUCAACGCCACCAAGGAGAAAGGCCCCGACGUAGUCAGGAGACUCCAGGACAGCAUCUUCGCUCUGGGAUUGGCCAAGCCCUCGGCCAACCUCUGCUCCCCUCUCAUUUCCGCCUACCUGCAGAGUAAGGACCUGUCUGGGGCCCUGGAUGCUGCCACAGAGUGUCAGAAGCAGUACGGUCAGCUCCCUCGUAUCCAUGACAUCAUCGUUGCCCUGGUGGAGACGGGAGACACCGAGCAGCUGCAGAAAGCCAUGGACUUUGUGAGCCAGGAGCGUGGUGAGAUGACAAUGCUGUACGACCUGUUCUUCGGCUUCAUGCAGACUGGACGCUACCGCGAGGCCCGCAAAAUCAUCGAGACUCCUGGGCUGAGGGCUCGCCCAGGGAGGUUCCAGUGGUACGCCCAGAAAUGCAUCUCCGGCAAAAAGAUGGAAGCUCUGGAUAACAUGGUGGACAUGACAGCAAAAUUGUUUGAGUGUGACCGUGACGAGAUGUACAGCUACAUACUCCGACUCUGCAAGGACACCAACGACUGGCGCAAGGCUGAGGCCACCUGGACCAAGAUGCAGGAGGAGAACAUCAUCCCCAGGCCUCGGACCCUGCGCUUGCUGGCUGACAUCCUCAGGACCAACGGCCAGGAGGUGCCCUUCCAGGUGCCUGAGGUGUGGUACGAGCAGAGCCCCAAGGGAGAGGCCGGCCCCGAGGCUGAGGCCCAGGCUGAGGCCCAGGGGACGGAGGCCAGAGCUGCCAAGUCACCCAGCAUGCUCACUGACAACAGCAACGACCACAAGUUUCGCAUUCUCACCCUGUGCAAGAAGGGCAUGGCUAAAGAGGCCUAUGGCGUGCUGAAGGACGCUGAUGUGAAUGGCGUGGCUCUGGGCCCCACCCACUACAACAGUCUGAUCAAAGUCCUGCUUGCCGAGGGCAACAUGGAGGACGCCAUGAUGGUCAAAGACAUUGCUGUGUCCCGGAUCUCUCAAUUCCACCUGAACGACAUCGCUUCCAGCCUCCUAAUCAUCACUCAGGCCAAGAAAGACCAGGUCAAAGACGCCAUGGAAACCUUGAGGACCAUGCUCCAGACAGACCAGGUCCCGUCCCAGCUGUCUGUCACCCGAUUGGUCCAGGCCCUCGGUCGGCAUGGCGACAUCCAGGGCAUCGAGGAAGCGCAGACUCUGAUGAACGGAAUGGGAGUGCCCCUUAACCUGUCCAGAAUGGUGUUUGUCAACAACCUCGCCCUGGCCCACAUCAACAAUGGUGACCUGGAGGGGGCGGUGGAGCGCCUGGAGGCGGUGUACACCCAGGCCAGCAACGAGCCUGCGCCCAGCAUGUCCUUCGUCUUCCGGAAAGUUCUGGAGAUGAACAACGAGGCUGCCCUGGACAAACUCAGCGCCAUGGCAGAGAGACUAGCCAAUCACUUUGCGUCGUACAGAGCCGCUUCCGAUCUCUUCCUGCAACUACUGGAGAUGGACCGCGUAGAAGACGCCAAGUUCAUGCUGGCGCGCUGUAACGCCGUAGCGGAACAGAAGGACUUUCUGGUGUCGUACAUGUCCAGACUGGCCCAGAAACCAGGACAGGUGGGCAAGAUCAAGACCCUGGUCAACUUAAUCCCAGAUUUCACAGACAAGGAGACUCUGUACGCCUACCUGCUGAAGUGUUACAACAUGGACAAAGACCUGGACCAGGCCAAGGCCCUGUACCUGCAGAUGCAGCAGGAGGGGGUGGAGGUGAACCAGCUGUCUCUGAAGAGGCUGGCUGAGAUGUACCGCAACGCUGGAGAGACCCCCCCCUUUACAGAGCCCCCUGAGUCGUACAAGUUCUACGCAGACAAGCUAAAGGAGAGAACUAAGGCCCCGGCUCGCUCGCUGGCAGAGGAGUGACACAUCGACCCUCUCCUCCUUUUGUCCUGCCUUUGUUCUUCUUUUUUUUUUUUUUAUAAGCCUCAGAGCAGAUUUUGUGUAAUACUGUGCUGCUGUUGAUGUUGGAUGUUGAGCCCCGUCCACCUUGUCGAUGAUAAUUCUGAUGAUGAUGUCCAGACGUAUUUAUGCUAAAAUAAAAAGAUGCAAAUUGGAA